CGUCUCUGUGGCCGGCCGCUGUGCUCCGCCCGCCGCCGCUGCGCUGCCCCCGUCGCGGUGAAAAUUCUCCCGCUGUCGCCGCUGCUCGGCCGAGUCGCAGAUUUGUGCCAGCACAUUUCUGGACAUUCUGUUGAACCUUCUCAAGAAUUCAGAGAAACUGCUUGGUGAUCACUGAAAGAAAGAUCUAAUCUCAGGGCUUACGCAGAUUACCUUCACCACCUCAGAACAAUGUCCUAUGUUUUUGUAAAUGAUUCUUCUCAGACGAAUGUCCCCUUGCUACAAGCCUGUAUUGACGGAGACUUUAACUAUUCCAAGCGGCUUUUGGAAAGUGGCUUUGACCCUAAUAUUCGUGACAGCAGGGGCAGAACAGGCCUUUACCUUGCAGCAGCCCGCGGGAACGUAGACAUCUGCCAGUUGUUGCAUAAAUUUGGUGCUGAUCUUCUGGCCACAGAUUAUCAAGGAAACACAGCUCUUCAUCUCUGUGGCCAUGUAGAUACUAUUCAAUUCUUAGUUUCCAAUGGACUGAAAAUUGAUAUUUGCAACCAUCAAGGUGCUACACCAUUAGUUCUCGCAAAGCGCAGAGGAGUGAAUAAAGAUGUCAUCCGAUUGCUGGAAUCUUUGGAAGAACAAGAGGUAAAAGGAUUUAACAGAGGAACCCACUCAAAACUGGAGACCAUGCAAACAGCAGAGAGUGAGAGUGCCAUGGAAAGCCAUUCUCUGCUCAAUCCCAACCUGCAGCAAGGGGGAGGAGUCCUGUCCAGCUUCCGAACCACAUGGCAGGAAUUUGUAGAGGAUCUGGGUUUCUGGAGGGUGUUGCUCUUAAUUUUUGUUAUUGCUUUGCUGUCUCUCGGCAUUGCCUACUAUGUGAGUGGGGUGCUGCCCUUUGUAGAAAACCAGCCAGAACUGGUGCACUAACGGAGCUCGGGAGAUGAGGCACAUGCUGGCGUCCUGACUUCCAAUAUUUGUUCCCAGUGUCUCAAAAAUUUUCUCUUAGUGCAAGGCAGUGAGGGCUGUACAAUUUUUCUUUUUGCAUUGUUAAGUAUUGUAGUCCUUUUAGAAAAACAUCAUUGAACUAACUACACACUAUAGUUGCGUAUACUUCAUCCGAAAGCUACCUCUUACUCAACCUGACUUCUUAGGAAACUACACUGAGGAAAGUCUACAUCCUGAUAAAAUAUGAUAAAAAAAAAAAAAAGGAAAGA